AUGGCUUCGAGCGACGAAGAGAGCUCCUCGCCUCCGGAUGAGAAGGGAGCCCAGUUGGAAGGCGUUUUGCCAGAUCAUGGUGUCCAAGCUAAAGGAUCGCGCAACCAAGCGUCACUGAAGCUAGAUUCUCCUGAACCAUUAUCUGAUAGUAAGAAGGCGGCACAAAGUAAGGGUUCAGAGCUUGUGGGAACCGGCAGCAAGCGAUUCCCUGACAGGCUCUAUGAGCUACUCAACAAUGAGGCAGCACCGAGCUCCCUGUACUGGUUGCCCGGUGGAAAAGCAUUCGCCAUUGAACAAGUGACGUUCGCAAAAGAGGUGCUUGACAAGUACUUUCAAGCUACCAAGUUUGCGUCGUUUGUGAGGCGCCUACAUAAAUGGGGCUUUCGAAGGGAGACAAGGGGUUUCCGCAAAGAAAUCGGACCAGAGCUGUCUCGCAGUGUUAUUGCGUUCUGUCAUGAUCAGUUCCAAAAAGACGAUCCCGAGCUCGUCCUGCAAAUGGAAGAAGCCGCGAAAAAACAGCCGCCAAGUCAAAAGGGGACUGGCGCAAGGAACUCGCCAGCUCCAGGCAGUCCAAGGAAGAGAAAGUCCAGCAUGAGCUCACAGAACUCAGGAUCGUCUUCUGAUCUUGUUGGGGAGGAUCCUCGAAGCGCACAGCGACCGAGACAUCAGGCUCCGCCAGUAGGUUCAGAAAGAGCAUACGGGACAAGUGCGCAGAUGAUACAAGAGGCCAAACAGGAUCUUCAACAGGCCGCAGUGCCAUCGGUUGCGUCAUUGCAGCCUGGAGCUGCUGGUGGUCUAGAAGCCAACGUCGCCCCCGAACGAAUUGCCGAUCCAACAACCCCGGGUCAACCUGGGAGGGUGCAAACUUUAGAGCAUCAGCUAUUGUUGCAAAAUCUCCGAAGCAAUGCAUUGCAACAUCAGGAUCAUGAAAACGCCCUCGAGCUGCUUUUGAGGAACCAACAGCAAAGCGAUUCAGUACUUCAACGCAGUAUCAUAACAACUGCAUCCUUGGCUCAGCAACGUCAGCUCCAGGAGCACGAAAUCCAGGAGCAACAGAGACGCGCAGCUCUGGUGGCGGCGGCAACAUCGGGCCAGGGCAUCUUGGACAACCAAGCUUUUCUAGAUGCCGAUAGAAUUCUUCAACUCCGAAGAUCAGCAUCGGCUUCACAGCUAGGGCAGCAGCUGCCAUCUCUGCCUUUGGCACAGCAAAACCUUCCGGGUUCGCUCUUGUCGCAGCUGGAUUCUGCUAGAAUGCCUCAACUGCCGCCACAGCUGGAUGCGUCUCGUAUUCCUCAGUUGUCAUCUCAGCUCGAUCCCUCUCGCCUCUCACAACUGCAGUCGCAGCUUGAUGCAUCUCGUAGUCCACAGAUGCCAUCUCGUGACAACAACUCACAAUUGAUGGAGACUCUAUUGCUUCUCGAGCUUCAGCGUCAGCAGCAGCAAGGGGGGCAGCAAGGAGCACCUGGGCAAAAUCCACAAAAUCCAAAUCGGCAAUUCCCUCCCUUUCGCUAG